AUGAUCGUGGAGACUUUGGGCGCAAUUCCCGAUUUUCGCUGGGGCGCGGCGACGUCUGCAUAUCAGGUGGAAGGUGCCUGGAAUGAAGGCGGAAGGGCCGAGUCGAUCUGGGACGUCUUUUGCCACAGCGGCCGGGCCUUGUCCGGCGUGACUGGAGAUGUUGCCUGCGACCACUACCACAACUGGCAAUCAGACCUAGGUCUGGUCGCGCAGUACGGCUUCAACACCUACAGGUUCUCGAUCUCGUGGACGCGCGUUUUCCCCUUUGUCAACGGAAAGCCCACGCCCAACCAGGAAGGAAUCGACUUCUACAAGAAUAUUUUGGCAGAGUUGCAGUCCAGAGGCAUCACACCUAUGGUGACGAUGUUUCAUUGGGAUCUCCCAAAGCAGCUGGACUGGCGAUCGCCAGAUGUAGUGGAUCACUUCCAAGACUACGCCAAGUUCCUCCUCGACACCUUUCCAGAGGUCAAGCUGUGGAUCUCAGUGAACGAGCCGUUUACUUUCUGUCUUCUGGGCUACCAUAUCGGCAUCCAUGCUCCUGGAGUGCGGUCGCCCUAUGACCACUACAAGUGUGGCCACCAUGUGCUUCUUGCACACGCCAAGACCUUCGACAUGUUUCAGAAGCGCUUCUCUUCCGAGUCCGGGUACAAGAUGGGCGCCGUCUUGAACUUCGAUUUCCCUCAGCCCUUGGACCCGACGAACCCCGAGGACGUGCAGAGCGUCCAAGCCAACGCCGUGGAACAAAUCGGUUGGUUCGGCGAUCCGCUCUUCUUCGGAGACUAUCCGAAGGAGCUGCGGCUGAUUGCCGGGGAUAACCUGCCGAAUUUCACUGCGGCCGAGAAGUCACUUCUGCUGUCAGGUGCCAAUCACCCGAUGAGCUUCUACGGCCUCAACACCUACAGCGGGAAAUAUGUGUCGGCCCCGGACCAUGACCCCCUCCAUCCGUUUGUGCAGUUCUGGAAGGACGGGAAGCCCAUUGGUGAGAGAUUUAUCAGCUCAUGGCUGUACGGAGUACCGCAGGAGAUCCUCCACCACCUCCGAUGGGUCAACAACCGGUAUCGGCCGAGACAGAUAUACAUCACCGAGAAUGGCUGCUCCGAUCCUGGCAGAACGCAGCUCGAGUAUACCGUGAACGAUUGGUACCGGAUCGCGUUCUUCCGCGACUACCUCGCCAAUGUUGCGCAGGCUGUCAAGGAAGGCAUUCCAGUCCAAGGAUACAUCGUGUGGUCACUGAUGGACAACUUCGAGUGGGCCGACGGAUACGCGCGGAGGUUCGGCAUCACCUACGUGGACUUCCAAACCCAGAAGCGGACGCCAAAGCUUUCGGCUUUCUGGUGGCUUCACCUCAACGAGCGGAUGGGAGUCCCAAGCCCGACCGCAAUCUCCGGGGUGGAUGCGGCUCAUGUGUACAAGUAG